AUGAAUGUCAACAGGAUGUACUCGAUGCAGAAGGACAUCAUGUAUUUACAGUCGAGGAGGAAGGUCACCCAGUAUUAUGUGCUGUCACUGCUUUCUGAUUUUAUGAAAACUGUGCUUCUUUUGUUUGAUACGUUGAUCUUUUGUUUUACCAUCUCCACUGCGCUACUCAUGAUGCUUUUUGGCUAUGUGGGUGUCAUAUCAGAAAAGCCCAUUCCUCUACAUGGAAAGCUAUACAUAGGGAUCGUUUAUUUCGACAUUUUGCUGAAUUUUUUAAUUGCCUUAGUUUGUAUUUACAAUAUAUUUAGAAUGUCCACCUGGAACUUGUCGUACAUGGCUAAAUUUAUUGUAAACCGUAAUUUUUUUUAUUCCAUUAUGACCAUGAUUAUUGGCCUUUGCCUCCUAUCCAUUGUGUUUAAUAUAUAUGUCUUGUAUUACAGGCGAAGGUUUAAAACAUUGGUAAGGGCCAUAGAAAAUGAAACCAAAAAUGCAAGAGCAAAUGCUAGGCUAUAUUUAAGGUCCAAUUUAAGGUCAUCUACCAAAGGGAGCAAAAGUGCACGAGGAAAUGCAAACAUGAGGACAGAUGUGCAAAGAAAUACGGGUAUAACGGAGAGAGCAAACACAAGAGGCAAUGUCUAUAUACACGGGAAUGUAUUCCACCCAGAGAGUGUACCCACCCCAGGGAAAGGGUCAACAGCGGGGAUUCUCCCCGCAGAAGGAAAUGCGCUCGAACCAAAGAAUGCGCAGUCCAACAGAAAUGGGAAUAAAAGCAGAAAGGCACAAGGACAUACGAGCACACCCAGAAACGGAAAGGAAGAACGAGCACUGAGCGGGGAAAAAAUAAGCAUUACUCUUGAUGAUAACACUGGACCAGAUGGAAAACCUUUGGAGGACUCAUUCACAUUGGAAAAGCCUUACUUUAAUGUUGCUAAGAUGGUAUUCCCCCUGGAUCCAGACACAAAAAUAAACGAUAUGGUAGAGGACAAUACGAAGGCAAAACUGAACAUGAAAAAAAAAAUUACACUUGGAUUAGAUAAGGAGCAGCAAAGCAUUGACUCGAGGAGGAAGAAAAUUGUGCAUGGCGAUAUUCCCCCAAUGAAAAUAGAAAUUGUCAAAGAAGAAGUAAAAGAGGAGCUACCAUCUAUGCGCAUGGAGGAAAAAGAAUUGUUCCAAGUUAACACUUCUAAGAAGGAAGUGCACCAGGGGGAAAAUGCUGAGAAAGAAUUACCUCAAAUGAGUAAUGUUAAGAAAAACUUCUUGUAA